ACAAAAUACUUCCGCAAUUGCAAGAAAUAUUCCUUUGACUAGACAUCACAUUCAUAACUAAAAUAAACUAAAAUUAAACGGCUUAUCGCUGAAAAUUAAUUCCCAGAGCAUAUUAAUACUGUUUCCAUUGUGUUGUGUUAAGUUUUCGAUGACGAAGAAACGACAGUGCAAAUGAACUAAAGGCUGUACGAAAAUGUGAAAAAAAAACUUGAUUAUAAUCUGUAAGAAAAUAGAUUAUAAAAUAGCUGCAAUAAGACGGUACAUAUCGACCAAGUAUACAUAGCACACCUUGCACCACUUCAUAUAUGGAAGAGUCAUAAGAGAGCCCAGCAAUCUAUAAUUAUGUAAAUUAAGCGUUUCGAUGGAAUUGAACUCUAUUCAAAUUAAGCAUCUGCGAAACAAUAAAAUCGUCUAAAAGAAAACAACCAAAGGCCAUGGAGAACGAGGAAAAUCAAACAAACACUUAUUCACCAUUGGAAUUAGAAGGCAGGCGCACCACUGACAGUCCAGAGUCUGACCAUAUUCCGCCGAGAGAUGCAAAUCUUUGUGUAUAUGUUGGACUGGUGAUGGCCGGUAUAGGAUUCGUUUUGCCUUAUAACAGCUUCAUCAUUGCAUCUGAUUUCUGGCAGACGCGAUUUCCUGGCCGUUCUGUUGCUCUUGAUAUGUCUAUGACCUACAUUAUCGUAGCAUUUGCCACAGUUCUACUCAACAACAUCUUUCUAUCGUUAUUUUCGUUCAAAGUCAGAAUUCAAUUCGGUUAUAUGAUAUCAAUAUCGACAUUCUUGUUCGUAAGCAUAUGUGAAGUGGCAAUUGAAGUCUUUUCAGCGCAGACGGCUUAUUCAGCGAAUCUUGCUGCAGUUUCUUUAACUGCAAUUGGUUGUACAGUUCAACAGUCUAGCUUUUAUGGUUUCGCAAGUAUGUUCCCAAAGCAAUAUACUCAAGCUGUUAUGACCGGAGAAAGUCUCGCAGGUUUUGUUGUGGCUAGUACAAGGAUAUUAACCAAGCUCUUCAUAACAAACGAUCGAGUCUCGACAUUUUUCUUUUUUCUGAUGUCAGUCUGCUACAUAGCAGCCAGUUACACAUUUCAUUCCAUUACUAUUCAUUCACCCUUCGUGCGGUAUCACACAAAGCAAUGCGCUAAAAUCGUAUUGAGACCAGAUGAGGAUGCGGUCGAAUGUGAAACAGCAGCGACUAGGUACGGCGUUUUAUCGUUGGACUCAAAUUCGUCGCCUCAAGUAACAUCACCUCCAGCUGGACUUAGCUUCAGCAAUCCUGUUUACGAACUUUCAAAUCCGAGUGCCGGUGAGAGUACACUGGAUGGAAUAAAUAAUUUACAGGACACAUUGACGCGACCGCAGGAUGUGCCAAAUAAUGUAGCAUAUAAAGUCGAGCACAUAAUUACACCGGGAACGUGCUCGUCUGGUAGAUUUGGCAAUUUUAGAAGCGGACUAGAGUCGCGAUGGAGAGUAGCUCACUCAAUCUAUCCGUACAUGGUGUCCAUUGCUUUAGCUUAUUGUGUUACGUUAUCACUAUACCCGGGUAUAGAAACAGAAAUCAUAUCAUGCAAUUUGAAAACAUGGAUGCCAGUGUUACUGAUGUUCACAUUCAAUACAUCUGAUUUAAUUGGGAAGAUGAUUGCAAUAACUCCAUACAAUUGGACGAGACGACAAUUGAUUCUAUUGUCGGGUAUGCGAACGGUGCUCAUUCCAUUACUGUUGCUCUGCUGUGCUCCACGAUCAAGGCCAGUCAUUGCUGGCGAGACACCAGCCUUCAUAUUCAGUGCUGCACUUGGUGUAACCAACGGUCUCGCAGGUAGCUUACCAAUGAUGUUAGCUCCUUCGAAAGUUCCUGUGACAUUAAAGGAAGUAACUGGAAACAUGAUGACUCUUUCCUAUAAUGUCGGAUUAACAGCUGGUUCACUAAUAGGCUAUGUGUUUGAGUCCAUGCUUGGACCUCAAUUAGUAAAUCCUUGUCCAUCAUAUCCAUACAUUCCAUUACACCCGGCUACAACGAAUGCCACAUUGGCAUUCACAACUGCUGCAACAUCAACUACAACAUCCACAGCAAUUCCAAUUCCUUCAACCAUAUUUAUUCCAAAGAUCCGUGAAACUACAACAACUGUAGCCAGUAUGACAACUGCAGGAGUAGCAUUAGCAGUAGCCGCAUCAACAGCUUCACUUCCCGAACAAACGACAAGGCUUGUAACUGCGGCAGUUUAUAAUGCGACCGAGUAUGUCUUAAAUUCGUCGGCUAUGAUAUCGGGAUUGUAAUAUAAAAGAAGGUUGCAUUUGUGAGACGAAAAAACUAUAAAUAAAUUUACAAUAACCAUUAA